CAACAAACACUGCUGUAAAGGUGUUUCAGUUGUCACAAAAAUGGAUGGGGCUUCUUGUGAGAAGUCUUGGAACCAGCUUCAGUUCGUGGGUGGCUCCAACAAUGUAUCCUCAACCAGAACCAUCCGGCUACGGGACAUUUAUGAUCCCAAACCUCAACCUCCCAAAGCCCCCGUCCAGAUCCGCCCUCCAAGUCCAAGACCUCCACCCAUGAAGGAGCCCAGUUUAAGGCAAAGUCUUUCCAGCGAUCCCUCAACCAAGACCAUCAUAAGGAGACGGGCUCAGUCUCUUCCAUUGUCUGCAGAGCGCAAGAAGGAACUUAGGAGUGUACAGGUACGCUUUGUGGACUCACUGGGUCUUCAGUUAGAGGAAGUUAAGGUUUUCAAAGUUCAAGAGUGUCCCAUUAUACCCCAACAUGUUCUAUUCAGGCUGCUGAUGAGCUCUGAAUUGGCUUUUGGGAAGUCCCUGGAGCUGUCACUGCCUUACUUUAAACCCUGUUUUCCAGAAAAUAUGGGUGCUCAGCCGGACUUCCUGACACGGCUGCACACACAGCGCGUAUGUCUUGAGCAGGUCCUAUGUUCAGAGCAGGGGAUAACAGGCACCAUACAAGUAUUUAAUGUAGCCUAUGAGAAAGAAGUCACAGUACACUACUCUUUCACCAACUGGAGAACACACACAAAUACAGCAGCAUCCUGGCUAUCGAGUGUAUACCGUGAGGGGUGUGACUCUCCAGUACUGGACGUCUUCAGGUUUCGUCUUCCUGUCCCACCAUUCGCUUUGCAGCCAGGGGCUAGCUUGGAAUUUGCAAUCUGCUACCACGUAAAAGGAUCUGAUUACUGGGACAACAACAACGGCAAUAAUUACAAACUCUCAUGCCACAGCUACAAGGUGACCGUGCCAAGGGAGUGUGAAGAUAGCAUGCUACAUUUCACCUGAGCAACCACAUGGACGCCUGCAAACAGAUGCAGAGAGGAUGACACUCUCUGCUGUGCAGCCAAACUUUACCUACUAUAUUGCAUUAUGUGGUGGACUGACCCUAAAUAAGCACAAUUUCUAGGAAUUUGCACUCUCAACCAGCUACUUUUAAAUACCGCUAACAUGCAAAUUCUUCAGUUUAUACCAUCUACAAAGGAGCUAACAUUAAAACAACCUGCCUCCAGUUAUAUAAUUCCACCUUGUGCCGGGCAGUAUCCAGGCAGAACACUGCAUCUUAAUAAGACAAUGUUGUUUUUCACUUCAUCUGUAAUUAAUUUUAAUGCUUUCAAUGUUCAGUUACCGUUCAGAAUGUAAGUCAAACAGCAUGUCCUCCACCUCUGAUGCACAAGUAACAUUUUCUUGUGUGAACCAGUGAUUUAGUAAUUUUGUGCCAAAUGUGCUAGAAAGUGGUGUCUCAAUGGGCUGCUGUGAAAUCUGAAAGAAGGUGCUGUGGGAUUUUUAGAGUUUAAAAAAUGCAUUAGGAAAAUGACUAGCUACCUGCUCUUAACAGAGAUAAUGUUAUUCAGUGAACUGCAAACAUGUGGUCACUCUUACUACAUAUUUAUAGGUCACCCUUAAAGCAGAUUGAUUUUCAGCAUUUUACUUCCUCAAAGACACGGAUGACAGACUCCAAAUGGGAAGUAGAUGACUGAAAUAUUCAGCUUUUUAGCUUAAAACUGUAAGCAAAUUUCAUUUCUGUUUUAAAACUCCAUGCAAACCCAGGCACCAAGAUUGCAGCUGUGUUUUUAUUUGUGUCCUUGAUAAAGUUUUGAGCUAUUGGGGUAUUAAAAGGUACUUAAAGUAAAUUCCUGUUUUUAAAAAUAGUUUAAAAUGUUCUACAAUUACUUUAAUCAGAUUGACAGAAUAACAGGAAACAGCACCUAUGUCCCAAACAUGUGAAAGGUGUUGAAGAGACACCAACUAAAGCUGAACUAGUGCCAUGCUGAACUUUAGUGUAGUUUCUAGCUGUGCUGAAAGAUGGUGCAGUAUGCUAUAUUUAUACAGGCAAAAAUCUAAAAGAGAUUAUUUUUCCAUGCUGGCCUGGGAAGAGAUCUCUUGAUGAAACUCGGUAGGGUUUGAGAGAGAUAUCAAAACUUUGAGACGACACACCUGCUGCUAAAAUGCUCCCUGACGUCUACAGCUCUUCAGAGGUUUACAAAUGAAACCUUAAAACCAGACAGUGGAAUAAGAUGAACAUGAAUAUCAUGGUGCCAUUGAAUUGAUCCGAUCAGCUGUCUUGUGUGUGUUUUGGUGAAUUUGGUUUUGUAAUAUGAAUAAAACAGUGUCAA